AUGGACCAGAACGACAGCUUGAGCAGACUGCAAGGUCUCCAGGCCGACCUUGUCGCUUUUUCCGAAUCUCGCCUACUUAAUGUCGAUCGCCUCUGGACAGAGCUGGAGGACAGCAUUGCCGACUUUCGAAAGUUACUGGAUCGUCAGAGCAAGAGCGACAAGAGUCGGCAGGCUCUCAAGGCCGGUACGCUUGUCCAUAGCGGGGAGAAGAGGACUGCGCGCUGA